AUUAGCUUCUCGCUCUUAUCUGAGGGAAAAUGACCAGGCUUCUAAUACUAAUCGCUGUUCUGGGAGUCUUCUGGAGUCAAGCUUUUGCAUCUUUUAGGAUCUUCAGGCUCCCCAGCAACAAUGGUGAUUACACCCAGCAAACAGUGACCAUUGACAAUGAGAAUCAAAUAGCCAAUAUCCAUGUCUAUGGUGGAUCAUGCUCUUCUGAUACGAUUUUUGACUACAAACAUGGAUACAUUGCAACAAGACUGUUUUCUCGACGAGCCUGCUUUGUUUACAAGAUGGAAAAAGGCUACAUUCCAGAACUGGAAGAAGUUGGACGUCUUGCUUAUGAGAAACAGAUGCUGAAGAACAUGCUCUCUCCAAAAAAUAUAUGGGUGAAAUAUGUGCCCAGUCAUUCUUUCUUUGGAUCAAUCAAGGAGUGGUUUGUCUAUGGCAGCUCCAUUGAGAAGCUGUGCAAGGGUGUACCUGUUUACAAAGUUGAAAGAGUUGAGAAAGUAGCAGGAGCUGGAGGAUGUGUCAAAGCAGGUCUCCUUGGCAUUCUGGGAAUUUCAAUCUGCGGAGACAUCAGACUGUAACUUAAGCUGACCAGGAUGCCAUUGGCCGGAUCCCUUCCCAACCAGUAAACACCCCACCUCAUUGUGAAUUUGGGAAUGAUGUCAAUUUGCAAGCUUCUUAGGCUCUCUCGUAUUUCAUCUUAAUGCUGUUAACCCAAUAGCUACUAAUAAAGAUCAACUUCCACUUCU